UUAAAUGCGCGUGCCCCACCCACCCAAUAAUUUCUCUCACUUCAUCUGCCGUUAGACCAUUAGCUGUCUCUUUUGGUCAAUAACUCUUAAUAGGCCUCGGAUGACCCGAAGCAGUCGCUCCAUGCUGGCCGUAUCAUCAGAGAACUGAAGCUCCACAAGGUCAAGCGGUUUCGCUCCAGCAUUCGGCAGUGGUUUCGUCCCGGCAGCGCAAGUCAUCUGCAGUUAGACCAUUGGGUAUCUCUUUCGGUCAAUAAACAUUAAUGAGGCCUCGGAUGACCCGAAACAGUCGCUUCAGGCUGAUCGUAUCAUCGGAGAACUGAAGCUCGACAAGGAUAAGUGGUUCGACUCCACGAUUCGGUAGUGGUUUCCUCUCGGCAGGCUAAUUCUUUUACUUCUGCAGUAUAGCGUUUGCCUCUACGCUUGCUGGGAGAUCAUUACCCAUCAUAGCAACGGGAACUUACUGUAUUGGACACAGAACAUAUCACAAUCAAGAUGAAGGCAAAAGAAGAUUGUACAACUGACCAUUUAGUUGCAAUAGAAGAUCAAGUGGAAGCCAUAAUGGGCAUGUUGGACUAUGACUUUGGUUGUGCACGGUCUCUUGGAAUUUACGGCCCAAGUGGUAUUGGAAAGACAACCCUUGCAAAGGCUCUCUUUGACAAGUUCAUUUCUAACUUUCAUUGGUAUUGCUUCUUGCAAGAUGUCCGUGGAUCAUCAUGCCGCGAUGGCCUAGUAUUUCUACAAAAGAAAAUGUUAUCUGACAUCCUUGGUGAGACUAAAAGUAUUGUUCAAAUCAAUGACAUUGACGAUGGAAUGGAGUUUAUCAGGGAAAACUCCAUGAUAAGAAAGUUCUACUCGUUCUAGAUGAUGUGGACCAUAGGGAACAAAUUGAGAAACUAAUAGGCAAGAUCAGUUCGUUUGGUAUAGGAACUCGAGUUGUAAUUACGACAAGAAACAAAAGCAUCCUAGAAAGUGGAGAAAAAAUCAUACUUUAUGAACUAAAUGAAAUGAAUGCUGAUCAAGCACUUCAGCUUUAUAGAAAUCAUGCAUUCAAAAGAGAAUCUCCUAGAGAUUAUUAUUUUGACAAGCUUUCAAGGGAUAUUGUUUCCACAAUUGGAGGACUUCCUUUGGUCAUUGAGGUCAUAGGUUCAUUUCUUCACGGGAAGCACAAAACUGUGUGGAAAGACACACUAGAAAAGUUAAGGAGCAUUGCUCCUAAAGAGGUCCACCGAGAGUUGAAAAUUAGCUAUGAUGCCUUAAAUUUCAAGCAAAAGCAAAUUUUUCUUGAUAUUGCAUGUUUUUCCUUUUAUGAGAAGGAGAUUAAUGCAUCUUUCAUGUGGGAAGAGUGCAACUUUUUUCAUCAAAUAGAAAUUGGAAUCCUCAGUUCUCUAUCAUUGAUACAUAUUGGAGAGAAUGGCGGGUUAUGGAUGCAUGAUGUGCUUAAAGACCUUGGGCGUCAAAUUGUCCAUGAGGAAAACCUGGAUCCGGCAAGGCGUAGCAGAUUAUGGAUUUCUGAGGAAGCUUUAGACAUGGUGAAAACAAGAGAGAAUAAAGGAAAUAUCGAAGCACUCAGUCUAGCUGGAGAUCCCACUCUACUCACUUUUACUGAUGAAGAUUUCUCGAGGCUGCCAAACCUAAGAUUCCUUGAAUUAGAUGGGGGGAGCUUUAUUGGGGACUUUACUAAUCUUUUCUCAAAGUUAAGAUGCUUUUCCUGGCGUCAUUGUCCUCCAGAUUUAAUGGCAACUAAUCUAUUCCCACAAAACUUGGUUGUCCUCCAGCUCUCUGAAUUUAAUGAUGCUAAUGAUUGGGACGGGUGGAGCCAAAUUAAGAUGCUACGCCAUUUGAAAGUUCUACAGAUGACCCAUCUAAAUAUGGUCAGAAUCGACUUGUCAGGGUGCUUUUCUCUGGAAAGAUUGACCAUUAAAGGAUGUCAACGAUUGGUUCAAAUCGAUCGCUCCAUUGGGGAGCUAAAACGACUGGCUUACUUGAAUAUUAAGGAUUGUUAUCGACUAAGAGAUCUACCUGGCGAAAUUGGCCUGCUAGUGAACCUAAAGCACAUAUCUUUGAGUAACUGCUCACAGUUGACGGAACUUCCGGACUCAAUCGGAAAGCUAAAUUCAUUGAUCAAGUUGGAUUUAUCAUUCACAUCAAUUAAAGGAUUACCUUAUUCUGCUGGAUGUCUUGUGAAUCUCAAGUCUCUGUCUCUUGCGGGAUGCAGAGAACUAAGGGAACUUCCGGAUUCGACUGGAAAUCUAAAGUCUUUAAUUGAAUUGGAUGUGUCGUCCACGUUCAUCGAAGUGUUGCCUCAUUCUAUUGGAAAUAUAAAGACAUUGAAUGUGAUAGAGAUGGAAUCUUGCCUGCUGGCUGAAUUUCCUUCAGCCAUUGGGUUGGCAUUGAAGCUUGAAGUGAUACGUGCUGGACGAUGUUCUGCGAUGAUGGGCGAAGUUUCAAGUAUAAUUGGAAAUUUGUCCUUAUUGAGAAUCCUAGAUCUAUCAAACACUGACAUCUGUCGAUUGCCAGGAACGAUUGCUGCGCUCCCUCACCUAGAAGAACUGAUCCUCAGGAAUUGCGAUGAGCUGCGAGUGUUGCCAUCGCUUCCCACAAGUUUGACUCAUUUACUUGUUAGUUCUCAAUCCUUACGAUUUGUUCCAGAUCUCUCAAAUCUGACUAAUCUAGUUAAUCUUCUCUUAUUGGAUGGCUGUGAAUAUCCUUUGUCGCAUUCAUUGAGCCUCCGAAUCAAAACCUAUAACUUAGAGUGGAUUGGGAAGUUAUCCAAGUUGGAAAAUUUGAAUCUAUGCCUUCAGACCGUUACUGAUUUAUCAACUGCAUUGGGUUCCCUUUAUCGUCUUAGGGAACUUUCCAUUUCUGGCGACCUAUGCCCAAAAUUUCUCAUGCAGCCCCCUAAAUCAGUAAUGAAGAGAAUUUUCAGCUCAACAACAACUUUCCCAGAUUUAUCUAACUUGAGAAAUUUAAUGAUUUUGAAGUUAUGUCACUCCAUGCAAAGGGAAAUCCAACUCGGCGGGUCAGAACAGUUGAGACACUUAAGUGUCCGCGACUUUCCAAGCCUCGAAAAGAUAAUAUUCUCCCCGUCAGGCCUGAAGAAUCUAAAAGAAUUGGAACUAGAAGACUGCCCGCAGUUGACAGAGAUUCAUGGUUUUGAGGCAUUGGAAACAUUGGAGAGCCUGGACUUCGAUCUCUGUACGUCAAUUUGGAGGUUAAGUGAUCUGUCGAGAUUGCAAAAGUUGAUGGAAUUGAGAAUCAGAGCUUGCAAUAACCUACAGGUUCUUGAAGGCCUUGACGAGUUAGGAUGUUUGACUCUUUUGAAAGUGGAUUGGUGCCCCUCCUUGGUGUUGGAAUAUGGGGCAAAUGCAUCAGACAUAAUGAUACCAGAUGAAUGCCAAGUCAUAAUUCACUAUUGUUCGACAUUACACGACACUCCGGAGGGUGGCAUGUUUUACAAGGAUUACAGAGAUAAGAUUCUUAGACAGAUCAAGUCUGUUUCAGAUACGUCCACAAUCUCCAGUAUGGGCAAGGUGGCUAAAAUGGAACAGAAGAGACAAGUUGCCAGAAUCGAAAAAGAUGCUGGAACUGAUGAUCAAGUUGACCACAUCAUGAGCUUGAUCAAUAUUGAUGAUAAGGACAAGAGGAUCCUUGUAGUCAUCCACGGGAAAGGUGGGAUUGGCAAGACGACUCUUGCAAAAUUCAUAUACAACCGAGUCUCCUGUGAUUUCGAUGGCUGUAGCUUCCUUGCAAAUAUUAAAGAAACAACACAAGUGUUAGGAGGGCUUCAGCUUUUGCAAGCUAAGCUGAUUUCCGAUGUUCUGAAACGGGAACUUGAGGAUGUUGCUUUUAUCAACAGGGGAAUUGAGUUUUUCAGAGACCUAUUUUGCGACAUGAGGGUCUUGAUUAUCCUUGAUGACGUGGAAAAUGCGUUUUCUGUCCAGAAGCUCAUUGGAGAUUGUUUCGACUGCUUUGCUACUGGAAGUAGGAUCCUUGUAACUACCAGAAACAGCGGUGUCCUGGAAGAAUCUCCUCAGAUCCGGACUUAUCAUGUUAGUCGGUUGGACAAUGAUCAGGCUCUUCAACUCUUUAGGCAGCAUUCAUCUAUACUAAAUCCUCCCUCACGUAGCACCAUCGAGCUUUUGAACCCUGCUAGUAACUCUAUGACAGGACUCCCAUUGGUAAUUGAAAUUAUGGGUGCAGUCUCCAAGGGUAAAACGCAGAAGGCAUGGGAUCACUUCAAAGUUUUUGUGCCGUUUCAAUUAAAGCGAUGGGAUUUUCAGAGUAUAUUGGAGGAAGGAUAUAAAACAUUAAAUUAUGAGCAGCAACAGAUAUUUCUGGAUAUCGCCUGCUUUACUGCUGGCAUAGAUAGCCGAAUUGCUUGGUACCUGUGGUAUGACACCUCUUUUCUGCCUCGUGAAAUUUUGACUCCCCUAGCCAAAGUUGGAGAAAACAAUCGGAUAUGGAUGCAUAGCAUGUUAAGGCAAUUUGGCAGAGAAAUCGUUUGUCGGGAGAGUCGUACAGAUCCAGGAAGGAGGAGUAGAUUAUUUAAUCAUGAAAUAGCUCUCGGUACGAUAAAGCAGAAAAAGGGAACAGAAAAGGUUGAGGCACUCUGCCUUAACUUUCAGUGGCAUACUUCAGUCAAACUUACACCAGAAGAUUUUCGGAGCAUGCCAAACAUACGGUUUCUUCAAUUGGAUCAUGCAGACAUAACCGGAGAUUUUGCUAACGUUUUGUCAAAAUUAAGGUGGCUCCGUUGGCGAGGAUGCCCUCAACAUCUACAAGUAACUAAUUUUCACUUGGGGAACCUAACCAUUCUCGACCUAUCUUGGAGCAAAGUCACAAAAGACUGGGAAGGCUGGGGUCAAAUCAAGAUGCAGAAUUUGAGAGUUCUAGAUCUUACAGGUUGUGCCGACUUAAUAGUCACUCCUAAGUUCUCUGGCUGCCAAAAUCUGGCCAUAUUGAUUCUGGAGCGAUGUUCGCAAUUGGUCAAGAUAGAUCAUUCAAUCGGCCACUUGAAGUGCUUAGUUUCUCUGAAUUUGAAGUUCUGCACAGAACUCAGCAUGUUGCCAGUAGAAGUGGGUCACCUGACAGCUCUGAAAGAGCUUCUCAUGGACGGGACUUCGGUACAAGAAAUUCCCAUCUCCAUUGGUCAUUUAAAGCAGCUGGAAACUCUGAUUGCCUCAAAUUGCUUCUCAUUGAGUCAGCUACCGAGAACAAUUUGUCACUUGACGAAUAUCUCACUUCUUUCCCUUGAUGGCACUAGAAUCGCAGCACUUCCCAACUCCAUUGGUGAACUGGUCAGACUUAAACACUUGUCAUUACGGGAUUGCCGUCAAAUAAGAAAACUUCCAAACUCCAUUGGCAACAUAGGGAGAUCAUUAGUCGAGCUAGACGUGUCGGGAACAGGCGUUUCCAAGUUCCCAGAUUCACUAAAAAAUCUGCAGAAUUUGAAGGUGCUGAGAAUGGAUUCCUGUUUCUUUACUGAGUUCCCUCCUGACAUUGGAGAGUUGACCAACCUCGAAGAAAUACAUGCCUCGUGGUGUCGGAGUCUCGAGGGGAGCAUUCCUAGCGGUAUCAAGAAACUACACAAUCUGAGAAUCUUGAGACUGCAAUAUUCGAGUAUUACCAGCAUACCAGCGGAGAUCCACCAACUUUCCAAUCUUCAAACCCUUGAUUUACUUCACAGCAACAUGCUCGAAGAGUUGCCAACGCCUCCCCCUAGCAAGCGGAUUCGCUUGUAGAUUUUGAACUCAAGUCGUCGCAUCUGGCAUAGCUAGGAAAGCUAUGCCAUUGUGAUGAAGACUAGGCUCUAGAGACCCUGGAGAAAGGAUGGCCCUUCCAUUUACUUAAUGUUUUCAUUCCAAACUUGAAUAUGGAUAUCACAAAGGAGAUUUGUUUUUCUGAAGUUUCCAAAGCCGUUCCAUCUGAAAACACAGAACUUCUAACUCUAUAUUUCCUUAAUGACCGAGGCAAAAUUUUACUAGAAAAUAGUUGUUCUCUUUCUCGUAUGUGGGAUAAUGUAAAGCAAUCUUUGUAGCA